AUGGGUUUUUCACGCAGCCAUGAGAACAAACUCAUCACCUUUGAAGACCACAGCGGUGACUUUAUCUCUGGCUCCAGUCGCAAGAGGCCUCGUAGUAUUCCUCUCCCGAAUCCUCACUACCUUGCCAUCCAUGCUGCGAUCGCUGGAAUUUUGCACAUGAGUGGUGCUGGGAAAUUUUUCAAUGAGCUUUUGAAGGAGUACAAAUACAAGAAGGGCAAUGAAAAGGCAACCGUGAAUCUCCAUGCUGUUAUGAGCGCCAUGCUCACAUGCGUAGAAGAAUGUGGAGGAGAGAGUGGAAAACGCUAUGUCGCGUCGGCAAUCAUAUCCUGUGGCCGCAAAGGCGACGACAAUACAAUCGAACUACUCGCCGCUCUUGGAACCACUUGGCUGACCCAUCUACUAUUUAUCUAUAAAUUUCAACGCCUUGUGUCAGAACGAGCAGAAACCACGAAACGCAGCUCAAUGAAGAACCUGCCAUCUCGUUUGGCUACCCCGACUCUGAAUUGUACGACCUCGGAAGAUAGGGAAAGAUCUAGGAACAGGCGUCGCGCGUUUAAGAAAUAUAUAAUGGUCCGGGACGGCUACACGUAUGUCAUAAUUGGGCGUCAAGACCUAUCACACCCCUCACCAGAUCCAACCUCUGAUUUUUAUCCCGUCUCCUUGGAAGUGUGCCACAACCUUCCCAGAGUAAUAAGCAGCUUUGACAAUGACCGCAAGUCAGACUCUACAUGCAUUUCGCUCAUAAGAGACCGUUUCCUCUGCAUUCAGUUUACAUCUGCUGUCACAUCAUUUGACAUCCUCGCGAAUUUUACUGGCCUUCCUGUUACAGUGCUGGAUGAACUGCAUGGAACUUUGGAUGACCCAUCGAAUGGGUUGCUGCUUGCGGGUGAUGCGCAUAAGGCUUUUGAUCAGUUUUAUUGGUGCUUAAAACCAACAGAGGUCAGGUUUAUGGUUUUCGAUCUGCUUCCAGGUAGCUCAUAA